AUGAAAGCAAUCCCUUUUCAUUUACCAAACAAUCCAAACAUGGCAUGUUCAAAAAUAUUUCCAGGAGAUUUACCUGAAAUAACAGAAGAAAUUAUGCAGUAUCUUAGAAAAGAUUUUUCAACAUUAUAUUCAUGUAUUUUAGUUAAUAGAUUAUGGUGUCGUCUAGCAAUUCCAUUAUUGUGGGAAGAUCCAUUUUCAGCUCCUACUCGAAAUUAUCAUUGUAUUAAAACUUAUUCUUGCUUUUUUAGUGAAGACAGCAAAGCAAAAUUUAAUGAAUAUGAAAUUAAUGAUAAUUUAUUAAUUUCAAAUACAUUAUUCAAUUAUCCUAGUUUUAUUAAAUACUUAGAUAUAGAUAAAAUUUGUGAUUCUAUUAAAUAUUGGGGUGGUACUUUAGGUGAUAAAUACAAUUUUGAGUUAGGAAAGUUAAUUUAUAGGUCAUUAUUUGAAGUGUUUAUUGAAAAUGAAGGAAAUUUAAAUUCUUUUGUAGCUGUGCUGAAUUUGCGUGUUGUUCAUGAAUAUUUUGUGGAUAAUAUGGAUUUGAUUUUACAAAAUUCAAAUCUUACAUACAAUAUCAGUAAUUUAUACUUAGAAUUUAUUCCUAAAGUUAUUCAAGAUUAUAUUCCAUUUUUGACAUUUUUAUGUUCUAAUUGCAAAUCAAUCUCAUCGAUUGUUUUUAAAUUUUUUAAAUAUAAAAUUGAUAAUCAUACAUUAAUUACAUUAAUUGAAUAUUUAUCAAAAAUAAUUAUUUCCCAACAAAAUCUUCAAAAAAUUUCAUUUAUAUAUACUAUCAAACCAUUUUUAUCAUUAAAAAAUUCUAAUUGUUCAAAUACUUUAAAUACAAUUAUAUUUUGUUAUGUUGAUUUUAAUAGUAUAAUUAAUAAUUUACAAGAAGUUUUUAAUCAAUUGAAUGUUUUAGAAUCUAUUCAUAUUAUUUAUUGUCAUUCUUUAAAUUUUAAUUUUGUUCAACAAAUUAUUAAGGUUAUUAAACCUUUUAAGUUGAGAUCUUUGUUUAUGGAUGAAAUAUUACAUAUUGAAUCAUUACUAUUAUUAUUACAAAAAUUUAGUGAUUGUUUAGAAAAUUUUGGAUUUGGAUAUACAAGUGAAGAAUAUAAUGAACCAAAACAAAAAUUAUUUGAAUUUAUUAUAAAAUAUUGUAAAAAGAUUGGAUAUUUUGAAUCAGGUAUGCCUGAUUAUGAUAAUAUUUACUUAUUCAUUGAAAAUAAUCAACAUAAUAGUAUUAAUUAUCUUACUUUUGAUGUGGAUUAUUCCGAUAAUUAUACCCUUUAUAAUAAAUUAAGUUCAACUGUGUUACAAAAUUUAGGUCAGGUUCUUCCUUCUAAAUUAGAAUAUUUAUGCUUAUCUCUUAUUUUUAUGAAAAGUGAUUUGGAAAUAUUUUUAAAAAAUUCACAAAAUACUUUUAUUAAGAAAUUAUUAUUUAGAAAUAUAUUUAUUGAAGAUGGAAAUAUUUUAUUUUGUAUAAAGAAAUAUAUUAUAAAGAAGGAAAGGGUUAAAUAUUUGGCUAUAUUGGGUGUUGAUGAUGAUGUGGAUGAAUUGUUUUCUUUAAAAGAUGAAGUAAAUGAAUUUAAAUUACAUAAUAUUAUAGUUCAAAGUUAUGAUGAUUUAUAUAUUAGUGAACAUGAUUAUAUAAGUAAUCAUUUACAAUAA